GUUCAGCAACAGGUUCACCCAAACCUUUCAGCAAAAGAAGAUUCCCUGUAUUACAUUGAAGAGUUGAUACUGCAACUGCUAAACAAACUAUGCAUUGCUCAGCCACGGACGGUCCAAGAUGUAGAGGAGCGAGUUCAAAAGACAUUUCCUCAUCCAAUAGACAAGUGGGCAAUUGCUGAUGCACAGUCUGCUAUAGAGAAACGAAAAAGAAGAAACCCUCUCCUGCUACCUGUGGACAAAAUACAUCCUUUAUUAAAGGAAGUCCUAGGUUAUAAGGUAGAUUAUCACGUCUCUCUGUAUAUUGUGGCUGUCUUAGAAUACAUCUCAGCUGACAUUUUAAAGCUGGCUGGAAACUAUGUUUUCAAUAUACGACACUUUGAGAUCUCCCAGCAGGAUAUUAAAGUCUCAAUGUGUGCUGAUAAGGUUUUGAUGGAUAUGUUCGAUCAGGAUGACAUUGGUUUGGUUUCUCUCUGUGAAGAUGAGCCCUCUUCUUCUGGGGAACUCAACUACUACGACCUAGUGAGAAACGAAAUUGCAGAAGAAAGGCAAUAUCUGCGGGAGUUGAAUCUGAUAAUAAAAGUAUUUCGGGAAGCUUUCCUAUCAAACAGAAAAUUGUUCACACCUAAUGAUAUUGAUGUGAUAUUUAGCAACAUUUCAGAUAUUCACGAGUUGACAGUGAAGCUUUUGGGAUUGAUUGAGGAUACUGUUGAAAUGACUGAUGAAAGUAGCCCUCAUCCUCUGGCUGGCAGCUGCUUUGAGGAUCUUGCAGAGGAGCAAGCCUUUGAUCCAUAUGAAACCUUGUCCCAGGAUAUUCUUUCUCCACAAUUUCAUGAGCAUUUUAAUAACUUAAUGGCAAAACCUGCUGUUGCUCUCCACUUUCAGUCUACUGCAGAAGGGUUUAAAGAAGCUGUACGAUACGUCCUCCCACGACUCAUGCUUAUCCCAGUCUAUCAUUGUUUGCACUACUUCGAAUUAUUACAGCAAUUGCAGUAAUGCAGUGAAGAUGAAGAGGAUCGGGAGUGCUUAAAACAGGCCAUUACUGCUCUUCUGAAUCUGCAGUGCAGCAUGGAGCGCAUUUACAGCAAACACUCCCCAAGACGUCGGCCUGGGGAGCCAGUCUGUCGCUUCUAUCACCGACAAAUAAGAAGCAAGCACUUGGCCAUCAAGAAAAUGAAUGAAAUCCAGAAAAAUAUUGAUGGCUGGGAAGGCAAAGAUAUUGGGCAGUGCUGUAAUGAAUUCAUAAUGGAAGGUAGCUUGACGAAAAUAGGAGCCAAACAUGAACGGCACAUCUUUCUCUUUGAUGGUUUAAUGAUCAGCUGUAAAACUAAUCAUGGUCAAUCACGGCUUCCUGGUUACAGCAAUGCAGAGUAUAGACUGAAGGAAAAAAUUGUCAUGAGGAAAAUACAGAUUAUUGACAAAGAUGACACAUCUGAAUAUAAACAUGCUUUUGAACUGGUGUCUAAAGAUGAAAACAGUAUACUGUUUGCUGCCAAGUCUGCUGAAGAGAAGAGUAACUGGAUGGCUGCUCUGAUUUCCCUCCAGUAUCGCAGUACUCUCGAUAGGAUGCUUGAUUCAGUGUUACUGCAAGAAGAAAAUGAACAGCCACUGAGGUUGCCCAGCCCAAACGUGUAUCGUUUUGUAGUGGAGGACUCUGAAGUGAAUGGAAUUCCUAUCAUCAAAGGAGGAACAGUGGUGAAAUUAAUUGAAAGGUUAACGUACCAUAUGUAUGCAGAUCCUAAUUUUGUACGUACUUUCCUUACCACAUACCGCUCCUUUUGCAAGCCCCAGGAACUGCUGAGUUUACUGAUUGAAAGGUUUGAAAUCCCAGAGCCCGAGCCUACUGAAGCAGACAGGCUGGCAAUCGAGAAGGGGGAGCAGCCCAUCAGCGCCGACCUUAAGCGAUUUCGCAAGGAAUAUGUCCAGCCAGUACAACUCAGAAUAUUGAAUGUUUUUCGUCACUGGGUAGAGCACCAUUUUUAUGAUUUUGAAAGAGAUCUGGAAUUACUAGAGAGAUUGGAGACAUUCAUUUCCAGUGUACGAGGAAAAUCCAUGAAGAAGUGGGUGGAAUCAAUUGCUAAAAUCAUCAAGAGAAAGAAAGCUCAAGCAAACGGAAUUAGUCACAAUAUCACCUUUGAGAGCCCGCCUCCCCCAGUCGAGUGGCACAUUUGGCGUGUUGGGCACAGUGAAACACUGGACCUCAUGACUCUGCAUCCUAUAGAGAUUGCUCGACAGCUCACGCUUCUCGAGUCCGACCUCUACAGGGCAGUACAGCCUUCUGAACUCGUUGGUAGCGUGUGGACUAAAGAAGAUAAGGAAAUUAACUCCCCAAAUCUGUUGAAAAUGAUUCGUCAUACUACAAAUCUUACUCUUUGGUUUGAAAAGUGCAUAGUGGAAACUGAGAAUUUUGAAGAGCGAGUGGCUGUGCUGAGUAGGAUUAUAGAAAUCCUGCAGGUUUUUCAAGAUCUGAAUAAUUUCAAUGGUGUUUUGGAGAUCGUCAGUGCAAUGAACUCUGUGUCAGUGUACAGACUAGAUCACACAUUUGAGGCGCUGCAGGAAAGGAAAAAAAGAGUUUUGGAUGAAGCAGUAGAAUUAAGUCAAGAUCACUUCAAGAAGUAUCUAGCUAAGCUCAAGUCAAUCAAUCCACCCUGUGUGCCUUUCUUUGGAAUAUACCUAACAAAUAUUUUGAAGACAGAAGAAGGGAAUCCUGACUUCCUUAAAAGACAAGGGAAAGAAUUAAUUAACUUCAGUAAGAGGAGAAAAGUGGCUGAAAUUACAGGAGAAAUUCAGCAGUAUCAAAACCAGCCUUACUGUUUACGGAUAGAGCCAGAAAUUCGGAAAUUCUUUGAAAACCUCAACCCUAUGGGGAAGAUACCAGAAAAAGAGUUUACAGAUUAUCUGUUCAACAAGUCAUUAGAAAUUGAACCUCGGAACUGCAAGCAACCACCUAGAUUUCCUAGAAAAACAACCUACCCCCUGAAGUCUCCUGGGAUAAGGCCCAAUACUGGCAGACACAGCUCCACCUCUGGCACCUUGAGAAGUCAUCCAUUGCCACUUGAAAAGGAACCAAGUAAGAUAAGUUUCAGUAGAAUCACUGAGGCAGAGCAUGAAUCAACAGUAUCGGCACCAACUUCACCGAACACACCGUCUACACCACCAGUGUCUGCUUCUUCAGAGUUCAGUGUGUUUUUAGACAUUGACCUCAACAGUUCUUACGGAAACAACAGCAUCUUUGCUCCUGUCAGUUUGCCACAGUCAAAGACUUUCUUCAGCUCAUGGGGUAGCUUUCCUAAACUAAGUGAUGAGCCUCAAAACCCUCCUCCACUUCCUCCACGAAAAAAGCUGGAUCAGGAUGCUUCUAAUGCUAAGGGAAGUUUAAAGUCAGAUGAUGAUCCUCCAGCGAUUCCACCUCGGCAGCCACCACCUCCAAAGAUACAGCCUCGUGCUCCUGCUUACACUAACCCCUUUGACCAGCCACUGCACAGUCCUCCUCCUCCACCCCCCCGGGACCCUCUUCCUGAUACUCCACCACCGGUACCACUCCGGCCGCCUGAACACUUCGUCAACUGCCCUCUGAACCUCCAGCUGCCGCCGGUGGGACGCUUACACAGAGAUCCCGACUGGUUCAGGGAGGCGAGCACGGGCCCCAGCUCUCCCAGCACUCCUCCCAGCACACCCUCUCCCAGGGUCCUGCGCCGCUGCUGCGUGAUCAGCACGAGUCACAACAACGUGGUUCACCCGCCUGUGCCCCCCGUCCCACCCCGGCACAAUUCGAGCCCUCAGUUACCAAAACUGCCACCAAAGACUUACAAAAGGGAGCUCUCCCACCCUCCUUUGCACAGACUGUCUUUGCUGGAAAACGCAGAAACUCCUCAAUGA